AUGCCGUUGUUUGUGAAAGAUGUCCAUCUGGAAAGUUUGGUGAACAGUGUGAGCUGUCUUGCAAAUAUCCUCAUUGCUUUUGUAAUUCACCUUUGGACUGUACGUCGUGCGAAGCAGGAUAUUUUAACACUAGUACAAACUGUCAGUUUACAUGUAUUUCUCCAACGUGUACAUGUACAAACCGAGAAAACUGUCAUUCUUGUAAAGACGGAUCUAACGGAUUGGAGAACAAUUGUAGAUAGUAAUGCAUGCUCCAAAAGCGGAAUCUGUUUUGCUUGCAAGCCUUAUUUUACUGGAAGUAAAUGUGGUUCGUGUAUAGAUGGUCGAUAUGGAACAAACUGUUCUUUACAAUGCAGCCUUGGUUGUGCGGGAAAAGUCUGCAAAUCAAGGGAUGGAACAUGCAACUGCAGAAAUUAUUUCAGUGGUGAUAAAUGUGACUCAUGCGUAGAUGGCAACUAUGGAGAAAACUGCUCUUUGAAAUGCAGUCAAGGUUGUGAGGAGAACACUUGCAAUUUUCGUGAUGGAACAUGCAAUUGCAGUACUAAUUAUAGUGGUGAACAAUGUGAGGACUGUAUCAGAGAUCGGUAUGGAGAGGGAUGUUCAAAAACAUGUAGCCUUGGCUGCGUAGAAAAUACUUGCUCUUCUGCCGAUGGGAAGUGUGAUUGUAAAUACUUUUACAAGGGAUAUAAGUGUGACGUUUGUGAAGACGGCGACCAUUGUCUGAAUAACAUUGAAUCGAGACAUCCCAACAAUACAAACAACUUUCCAACUGGUGCACUUACAGGGGGUGUUAUUGGUGCUGUAGUAGUGUUUGAUGCUGCUGUCGUUAUAGCUGUUUUGUGCAGACGAAGAUUAUCACAAAGGAAGGCACAAGGCCAUACCGACGAGCAAAAUACUACACAUCCUGGAGGAGAGCUAACUCAGCCUGGGCAAUACGAAACAUUAAAUAACAGUCGCAUGGAGGAAAAUCAAAGGAGGGAGACCUACACCAGGCUGGUAACGACAAGUCAAGAUGAAAUAACAGAACGUGUCAGCCCGGAUAGUAUUGAAUCUUGA